CGGUGCUUGAGCCCGCAGGAGAACUGACACCAUUCAGACUGCCGGGAAAUCCCACCUGAUUCGCCGCCUAAGGUGUGUUGUCUUCAUAUCCGGCUCAGCAACCCCAAUCCCAGGUCGUCUUACAUAGCUUAAUUGCGUUUACAUGGAGAGAAGAAGCAAUUUUGGAUGAAACGGUGCAGCAAGCGAAACGUGGAAAGACAAGACCUGACUGCGUAAAAAAAAAAUAAGACAGAGGGAUCAAAUUCAGAAAGGAUGGAAACGAAUGGGAUCGAAAAGACAAAUGGUAUGGAGGGUGAUACGGACCUCAAGUUCCUCCUGCAAGGGGGAGAUCUUCUCAAGGUCCGCUCUCCAUCCUGGAAGAAGUUCCGCCACUUCAGACUCCAGGAGGACUGCCAGACCAUGUGGCACGAAUCAAAGAAACCCUUCAGGACAAACCAGACCUUUUCACUUGAUGAAAUCUCAGCUGUGCGAAUGGGCCGUCAGUCAGAGGGUCUGAGGAAGUACACAGAGGAGCAGGAGGAGGGCCGCUGCUUCUGCAUCAUGUUCAAGGGCCGCCGCAAGAACCUGGACCUCAUGGCCAGCUCAGAGGAGGAGGCCAAGCAGUGGGUCACCAGCCUGAACAAAGUGGCGUCCAACAUAAACAACCUCAGCGUCCAGCAGAGGACAGGGCAUUGGAUCAUCAGCUGCCUGAGGAAAGCAGACAAGAACCAUGAUGAAAAGCUGAGUCAGUUAGAGCUCAAAAACUUCCUGCGUCUGAUCAACAUCAAGGUGGAUGACGACUAUGUGGAGAUGCUCUUCAAGAAAUGUGACAACUCAAAAUCUGGAUACCUUGAUGGAAAGGAGAUUGAAAACUUCUAUCACCUGUUGACCAAUCGGGAAGAAAUCGCCGUGAUCUACGGGGAGUACGCUAAAACUACUGGCUUUAUGAGUCCUGAAAACCUGGUGGACUUCCUGAUGAAAGAACAGAUAGAGAAAGCCUCACUGGCGGACGCACACAGGAUUAUCGAGAAGUAUGAGCCAAAUGAAAAUGCCAAAGAGAAGAAGCUGCUGUCCAAAGAUGGCUUCCUCAUGUACAUGCAAAAUCCAGAGGCCUCGGCCCUCAAUUCAGAUCACAAAGAAGUGUACCAGGACAUGAGCCAGCCGCUCAGCCACUACUUCAUCUCCUCCUCCCACAACACCUAUCUCAUGGAGGAUCAGCUCAGUGGGCCCAGCAGCACGGAGGCUUAUAUCAGGGCUCUGCUGAAGGGCUGCCGUUGUCUGGAGCUGGACUGCUGGGACGGGUCAGACGAUGAGCCGGUGAUCUACCACGGCUACACACUCACUUCAAAGAUCCUCUUCAAAGACGCGAUCCAAGCCAUCAAGGAGUAUGCCUUUAAGAUGUCUGAUUACCCAGUUAUCCUCUCCUUGGAGAACCACUGCAGUGUGGAGCAGCAGAAAGUCAUGGCCCACCACCUGAGCUCCAUCCUGAGUAGUGCACUUGUCACUUCCCCCCUGGGGGAUGGCAUGCCCACAAACUUCCCAUCUCCAGAGGAGCUAAAGGGGAAGUUCCUGAUCAAAGGGAAGAGGUUAAACAAACUUGAGGCCAUCUUUGCUCCUGAGGCGGCAGAAGCUGAUGACAUGGACGUGACGGAGGAGGAGGAGUCGAAUGAUGAGGAUGAACAGAAGGCGAAAAGCAAGAAGAAAAAGAAUCUGAAACUAGCGAAGGAGCUGUCCGACAUGGUGAUCUACUGCAGGAGCGUCCACUUCCACGACUUUGACGACGCUAGACAAAACCUGAGCUUCUACGAGAUGGCGUCCUUCAAGGAAGGAAAGGCCCUGGUGCUGGCCGAGGAGUCGGCUAAUGCCUACAUCCGGCAUAAUGUGGACAAGCUGAGCCGAAUCUAUCCAUCAGGCUUCAGGACCGACUCAUCCAACUACAACCCGGUGCCUCUGUGGAAUGCUGGCUGCCAAAUUGUGGCCUUAAACUUCCAGACAGCCUGCACAGACAUGGACAUUAACCAGGGCAGAUUCCUGGUUAACGGAAAGAGUGGCUACAUCCUGAAACCGGCCUACAUGACCGACAGAGCCACGGAGUUUGAUCCCAUCACCCUGACCCGAGGAGAAUGGCUGAAGCACAGGAUGCUCCAUGUCAUGAUUAUAUCAGCCCAGCAGCUCCCCAAGGUGAACAAAGACAAAAACUCCGUUGUGGACCCGCUGGUUAAAGUACAGGUGUAUGGAGUGCCGGCUGAUGUCGCUGAGAAAGAGACCAGUGUAAUUGAAAACAACGGUUUUAACCCAACAUGGAAUGAAAACUUUCAGUUUGAUGUGUAUGUGCCAGAGCUGGCACUGGUGCGUUUCCUCGUUGAAGACUACGACUCCAUGUCUGAUAACGACUUUAUUGGACAGUACACACUUCCAUUCAACAGCUUAAAAAUGGGAUACAGACAUGUGCCUCUGCUCAAUAAGAACGGAGACGUUCUCCCCUCAGCUGGACUCUUUGUACAUAUCAUGGUUGUUGGUGCUGAGUAAGACGUCGCCGACUGGCAUGUUCACAAGGACCUCCAUCACACAGCCAUAUUUUAUUUGGUUUUAAUUGUUGCUAUUUUAUAGUUUUAGUUCAUGAUUAACUUAUUGGCUUGAUUCCAUUAGUUUGAGCAGUUACUGUAAAAGUCAGAUAAAAGCACAUUAUUCUCAAAGGAAAUUAGUCUCAAUUUAAACUAAAGAUCUCCAUCCGCAAGUAGAAAUUAAUUGUAUUGGCAGGUGGGUUUUGUAUGCAAAUACUGUACAUACUCAUAAUUACACUUAAUACUUAUGCAACACAUUACAGGGACUGUUAUACAAACUGUUUUAACUGGUUUGUGUGAGUUGCACUAGUAUUACGCUAUAUUCAGGUUGAGAUGGCAUAGGACUUUUUUAAGACAGUUUGUGUCUCUAAUUUCUGGUCAGUUAAUGAAUUGUUUGUUUAAAUUAUUUUUAAUUUUAAAAUCACCAUUUUAUGUGCCUUGUCUUCAUCAGUAAUUUUAGCCAUCCAGUAUCCUUAUUUUUCAUGUAACAUCAUCGACAGUUCUUCUUUAUCUUUUUACAUAUCAAGAUGAAGAUUAAAGUUUUAAACAUGACAACCUGUCGACAAACUUUUAACUUUUCUCUCCCAGCACAACUAAACAGGGUUUCACUUAUCUGGAGGGGCCAAAGGGAUACACUCUGUAGUCAUGUAAGACUUUGAAGAUUAACCUAAUUAAUAAACCUUCUGGCUUCUCAUCCAGUGAUACCAAGUGGAACAAUACACCUGCAUAGUUCUUAACCAAUUAUAUAUGCCUACAGUGCGCGUAGUAGGAAAAUCAAGUACCUUUUUAAACCACUAUUUUACGCAAACAGGAAAAGGAGUAGACGUGUUUGUGGCUGAGCCACUUCAGCCUUUCCACAGAACACAAUUAAUACCUAGUGAACUUGGGAUAGACACACCCUUGAUACACAGAGUGCAACAAUGCAUCAGUGCAAAUAUCAAAAGGGAGGUGAUCAUGGGUAGGCUUACUACUGAUUGGCAUGAAAACCUUUGACUAGGAUUAUUUAAUAAGUCUUCCAUACUUAAAGUGGCUAUGAUCAGUGUUUUAUAACAAUGGAUCACAUGACUUCCUGUUUGUGAAAGGGGUUGCUCUUUUAGGGACUAUCCCAUGUUCCCCUUAGCUCUAUGGAGUUUUUUUAGCUCAUUGUUUUGAUGAUAUAACCCGCAGCUUUACUUGUGGUUCGCUUCCAUAGUGUGCGGCACCAAACAGCACACAGUUAGCAGGUAGUUUGUGAAUAUAGUGAACCAUUUAACAAAGAGACAGGUAUUUUUUUAUAAAUACAUGAAAAGAGCUAAAAGUAGAGUCAGUGGACCUGCAUUCCCCAGGAAGUCAGAAACAUGACCCCAUUUAUGCUAAUGUUGCUCCAUAUCUGCUGGAUUUGUUAAUAGGCAACUCUAUGCUAACAAGUUAGCCAUAUCAAAGUAAACGAUAGGUCAGUCUUGUGUUUGCAGCUUGUUGCUGCUGCACUUACAUGGUCAAAACUUUAUUAAAAUAUACAUUUGAUAUAAGUUUAAUUCUUCAACCUGCCAGCAUGUUUAGGCUAAAUAAAAACUGACUUUGUUGCCAUUAGUGUGCUGACAGAAGACAAUCAACAUUCCUCCAUAAAAAUGUGCUUUAUUGAGACAUGUCUGAAAAGAAAUGAAUAGCAAAAUAAAUGAAUAAUAUUAUAACAGAACACUAACAUUCUCUCUCGUGACUUUUGGAGUUAUUAGACCAUUUCAGGAACAGAGCGACAGUGGAAACCUCAAUCACACCAAGCUGAAGUGAUGACCUUUGGCCUUAAUUCAUGUAGCAUAUCUGACAUUUGAAUAAAAAACAAAAUAGACAUGG